ACUAAUCCCAAGCAUUUGAAUUUAAAGAUAAAACAAUCAUAUCCUGAUAAAACUAAGAUGCACUGACCACAAAUUAAAAUCAGUGUUGAAGCUGAGAUUGAAAACUUUUUACAUCUGUAAUUCCUUCAUUCCAUAUGCUGUAAUUUAACUGAAAGCUCCAGAACAGCCAGCCUCCUGAGUGGACCCUGUGGUGAGAUGCUUAAGUAUAAUAAGCAGUAUAUGCCAAGUUUAAUAAGAUAAUUCAACACUAACACACAGGGCAGUAAAUGUAAUUGCUACAUUAAUCACGUAUUAGGCUGUACACUGAUCAGCCACAGCAUUAAAACCACUGACAGGUGAAGUGAAUAACACUGAUCAUUUCAUUACAAUACAAUGUUCUGCUGGAAACCUCGGGUCCUGACAUUCAUCUGGAUGUUUCUUUGACAUGUACUACCCACUUAAUCAUUGCUGUAGACCAAGCACACAGCUCUGUGGCAUCAACACUCCCCAAUGGCAGGGGCUUCCCCUAGCAGGACUGCCCUCCCACCACACCCCAAAAACUUCUCAAAAAUGUCUGACCAAAGAGCCCGAGGUAUUGACCUUGCCUCCAGCCUCCAACCUCCAAACAGCAACUGUGAGAUGCACCCAGAUCUGCUGCCAAUGUCCCGGUGCCAGACAUCGCAGGACGGGUCAGAGCUGUUCUGGUGGCAUGAGGGGGACCUACACAAUAUUAGGCAGGUCCCACACAUGCUGGAUCAGAUUUGGUUCUGUGGACUUUGGAGGCCAGGUCAACACCUUGGGCUCUUUUUCAUGUUCCUCUAAGGUAUUAUUUCAUUAAAUGUGAAAUGUACAUUUGUAAACCAAAUACCACCCUAAUAUAUAAAAUGUGAUAUAUUUUGCUUCCCCUUAUGUCCUUUAUUCCAAAAACAGUCUACAAUUUCAUGUCAAAGUUAAAGGUACAGUUAUCUCUCUUAUGAUUUGAGUCUCUCAAUGUAAACUAACAGAAAGAACUGGGCUAUAUUUUGAGUGACGUACAAGCCUCAAAAUAUUUUUCUCCCAUUGUUGCAGUUUUGUCAAGUCAAAAGCCAGAAGAAAAUCUGAUUAAAACUGAACAAAACUGCAACAUUCAGACACAAUCCUGAGUGUGGCUGCAGAGCACCCCACUGUCACUACAUGUUCCGCUCUGGUGAAAUCUGAGAAAUGCCAACGCAGCAGCAGCGCGCUGAAUGAAACAGUCUACGGGCCCCGAGGGCUAUCGCUCGGCUCCCCAGUUCCAGACGUCAGCCCAAGGGGCUCGGGACUCGGAUAUCAAGGCAGCAUGGCCAAAGUAAACAGCGGCUCCUCCGGUUGUCGGGCCAUGGUUAUGGCAGGAAAGUAUCUAACGAGUCCGUCUCCCCCAGUACUGACCCGGAGCUCCGGCCAGCGACAACGAAGGAUGUUCAGUCCCCAUGGCCGCAUGGUGAGCUCUGACGCGGCCGGCACGGGAGGAAAGACCGCGGCUUUGGCCCAGCAGGAGCACCUGGGGUAUUUCUCCGCCGCAGACCGACAUGUGCUGGCGAACCGGAAUUUGAUUUACCGGGACGUUAAGGCUUUUCUAAAUGAAGUUGGUGGAGACCCUCGGGAGGCUCGCUACUGGCUGACCCAGUUUCAGAGAGCGACUUCGAUCCAGUCUCCUGCCUUUGCCGUACUGGAGGUGGACAGGUCUGUGUUUGACAGCAGGGAGAUGGUUCAGAGCCUGGCCUUUGGGCUCUCCUUCUUGCAGCGGAUGGAUAUGAAGCCUGUGGUAGUGAUGAGCUGGUCUGAGUAUGGGGAGAUGGGGCCCGCUGAACCUGUGGCAGGGUCUUGGUGCAGCAGAGGGCUGGUGGAGCGGAGCCAGCAGCUGACCGAGGCUCUGCAGCAGCACUCAACCACCGUCCUCCCGUUCUUCUCCGCUGAGUCCUUCCUCCUACUGCAUGAGGCACCGCGAGGAAGCAGUGCACCACCCUACGUUGCUGUGGACAACAGCCUACUACAGUGGAGUCUGGACUGUGGGAUAAUCCCAUUGGUUUGUCCGGUGGGGAGGGAUGACAGAGGCUGCUCAGUAGUGUUGGACCCGACCGAGGUGACAGCAGCUAUUUCCCGAGCCCUGCAGCCUCACAAAGUCAUGUUCCUGAACAACUCAGGCGGCCUCCGCAGCCAAGAGCACAAGGUGCUGGACACAGUGUCAUUGCCAAGCGACCUGCCCAGUCUGUCCACGGCACCGUGGCUGAGCACUGCAGAGCGCCGCAAAGUGACCGCCAUAGCCAGACUGCUCAACCAGCUCCCGACUGAAUCCUCUGCAGUGAUCACCUCCGCAGACACGCUGCUGACCGAGCUGUUCAGCCACAGAGGGUCUGGGACACUCUUUAAAAAUGGAGACCCCAUACACCGGUAUAGCUCUCUGGAGGGGAUUGAUGUGGAGCGUCUGCUGGCUCUUAUCAACAAGUCAUUUGAUAAAACUCUAAGGCGAGACUACAUUGACUCUCUGAAAGGACGACUGCACUCCAUCUAUCUCUCUGAAGGCUACAGUGCGGCAGCCAUCAUCACCAUGGAGCCAGUGAACGGCGGUACUCCCUACCUUGACAAGUUUGUAGUGAGCAGCAGUAAGCAGGGCCAAGGCACCAGCCACAUCCUCUGGGAGUGUAUCAGACAGGACUUGGGCAAACUGUUCUGGAGGUCUAGAGCUACCAACAGGAUCAACCCAUGGUACUUUAAACACUGUGAUGGGAGCUUUGUUAAUGGAGUGUGGACCGUCUUCUGGUUUGGCCUGACAGACAUCAGAGAUUCCUAUGAGCUGGUGGAGUACGCCAAGAACCUUCCUGACUCUUUCCACGCCUCCUCCCUCACCACCUCCCAGCAGCUCCCCCCACCUGCUGCAGGAUCUUGAAGCUCCUCCUCCCAGUUGCUGGUUGUUAGCACUGUAGUUAUUUUAGCUCUGAGGCUCUGGAGUUUCUUGUUCACCCUGAGAGCUAUGGAUAGUUUUCUCAUUUUUACUGUGACGGGUGUUUUUCUUGAUGGGGAUUUUUUUACUGUGGGUUUUCUCUACCUUGAAACUUCAUAACUGAACCUCCUGUGUUGUGGAGAGUUAUGCAGUAUUUUGACAAGCUUUAAAUCAUCCUCUAUUUUUAAAGCUGUGUGCAGCUCUAAGCAUUCUAGUUCUUAUAUAGACUAUAGUAUUUCCAAGAAACAUUAAUGACAUGUACACAAGUUUGUGUAAUUUGAAAAGACAACUUUUGCUGUCUGUUUUUGCCUGAUAAAUCUAGUGUUUUUCAUACACUAAAUAUUCUUCAGAGAACUUUAUAAUAUGGACCAGGUAAACUGAGCUUUUCCAUCAUAUUGUACUGUAUGCUUUCACAAGCACAGCCAGGCACUGUAAUGCCUGCACAUCUUUCUGUGAUCACUUAUUUUGAAUUCCAGUACAUCUAAGUGCACAAUACAGAUGUAAUUCUGCUUUUACUCAUGGAGCUUAAUUUACUCUUUGUAAUGAGUCUUAUGAAGACUGUAAAAACAGUUGCCCAUAUGAUGUACUCUGUGGCUCUAGAGGGACCUUUUUAUAAUUUGGUAAAACAGUCCUGAUGAUGUUGUAGUGCUGUCAUCAGAGCUGUCUUGGCUCUGGCUCAGGAACUAAACAUUUUUAACAGAAAGCCUGCAUUACCAUUGGGCCUGUGGAGUUGGAAGGAUCCCUGUGCUAGACUGGCGACCUGUCCAGUAUGUAUCCAAAAUCUCACCCUGUGUCAGCUGGGAAUGGCUCCUCUGUGACCCUUAGAGGAUAUAAGUAAUGGGUUAGAGCUUGAAAGAGGUUGGCAUUUACCAGAAAGUUGUCAUUUAGUUGCAAUGUGGGAAAUUUAGGAUCCAGCAGGACCUCUCUUUUUCACUUGCAAGUGCGCCUCCUUAAAUAGCUGGAUUUCUCCUUUGAUCAGUAUUUAUGUUGUCAGAGAAAUUCACAAGUAUAAAAUAGUGAAAAAUAAUACUAAAAGAAAGAAUUUGCCAUUUGACUGUUGUUUUGCUUGCAGAAUUGUGAAAGCAGGCAGUAAAGGUUUUAAUACACUACUACUUUUUUAAAUUUUAUUUCUGGCAGCUGAUGAGAAAACUUUUCUUGUCCUGGCUCUAAUGCACUUUUAAAUGCCAAAGGGAGUAUUUGGGUGUAAUAUUAGAGUCAUUAAAGUACUUCAGACCAAA